AUGCCUCACCCCGCGGCACUCCUGCUCAUCGUGCUGGCCACUGGGGCUGAGGCCUUCCGGGUCUGUGCCUUCAACGCCCAGCGACUGACCCUGGCCAAGGUCGCCAGGGAGCACGUAAUGGACACCCUGGUGCGGAUCCUGGCACGCUGUGACAUCAUGGUGCUGCAGGAGGUGAUGGAUGCUUCCGGGAGCGCCAUCCCCCUCCUGCUGCGAGAACUGAACAGGUACGACGACUCUGGGCCCUACAGCUCCUUGAGCAGCCCCUUGCUGGGACGCAGCACAUACAUGGAGAAGUACGUGUACAUCUACCGGUCACACAGGACACAGGUCCUAGAGUCCUAUGUGUACGACGACCAGGAUGACCUCUUUGUGCGCGAGCCCUUUGUGGCCCGGUUCACUCUGCCAAGCAAGGUCCUGCCCAGCCUCACCCUGGUCCCGCUGCACACCACCCCGAAGGCCGUGGAGAAGGAGCUGAACGCACUGUAUGACGUCUUUCUGGAUGUCUGCGAGCACUGGCAGAGUGAGGACGUGAUCCUUCUCGGGGACUUCAAUGCUGACUGCACCUCGAUUACCAAGAAGCGGCUGGGCGAGCUGCAGCUGAGGACGCAGGCUGGCUUCCACUGGGCAGUUGGCGACGGCGAGGACACUACCGUGCGGGCCAGCACCCGCUGCGCCUAUGACCGCAUCGUGCUGCACGGGGAGCACUGCCGAGGCCUGCUUCACAGCGCCGCUGCCUUCAACUUCUCCCAGCACUUCCAGCUCACCGAGGAGCAGGCCCUGGAUAUCAGCGACCACUACCCUGUGGAGGUGGAGCUGAGCCAGGCAGUGCCCGGGGCCCAGCCCCUCCGCCCGCUGACUCUGCUGCUGCCUUCGUUGCUGCUGCCACUCCUGCCCCCUCAGCUGGGCCCUGUGGCCUGA